AUGGCAAACCCUUCUAGCCAACAUGCGCCUGUGGCUGAGCCCUCCUCCUCAACCUCUUCCGUUUCCGGCACUCACCAAUCUGGAUUGCAGUCGCCGACCGAGAGUGACGCCUCGCGACUGACCGGCCGGGCCAUAGACGAGAGAGAUUGGUUCGAACUCCAACAAAUGCCAACUCAGGAUGACCAGCUGGAAGAUCUCUCCUCGGGAUCGUUAUCCUCGGGGGAAUUCCGAGUCACUACUCGUCGCACGGUAUCCCGGAGCAGCUCCAGUCGGCAGCCACGCAAGGGGCUCUUGGGCUGCAUUCAACGGUUCUGGGCAAAUAACGUUACUUUGACGGUGUCACAAAAGAGCAACCGUGACCAUUUUGCGCUGGAACGAACAUUCUUGGCGUAUAUCCGUACCUCGAUCACCGUUGCCAUGCAGGGUGUGUUGAUCGCUCAGCUGUUCCGUCUGCAGAGCACGACGGCUGACCAUGCUCGCCUGAGUUACUAUACAGUUGGGAUACCUCUUGCGGUUACUUGUCAUGUGAUUGCCAUUCUGAUCGCUCUGAUGGGAGCGCAUCGGUUUUGGAGACAGCAGAGCGCUGUAGCACAUGGGAAGGUCAAAGCAGGGGGUUGGCAGCUGAAUUGGAUAGGGAUUUUAAUUGGUCUGGUAGGUGAAUCUGGUGAUCUUCAUACUCUCGCUCGUUAUUGCGAUCGGGAUAUCGCACAACAAUCACGGAUGAGGGCUAUGUUUGUCGCACUGUAG